AUGGAAGAAAUUAUUGUAUAAACACCAGGCCUUGUACAAAUGCUUUAUGCAGCUUACUACUUUGUUAAGGGGAAAUACACAUUGGAAUAGGUUCAAGAAGUGAUAGCUGAUGUGAAAGAUAUUCAAACUAAAGACACUAAAACUCUGAUUGCCUCCCUUAAACAUGAGUUUCAAUCUGAAUUGCUGAGAGAACUGUUUUACUUCUAUUAUAGGGCUCUUAGUUUCUAGAAGGCUUUUCUUAAUACUUAAGACUUAUAAAAUGAUGGGGUUGAAUAAGACAUACAUUAUUUAGAAGGCCUAAUUAGUCUUAAGCCUAAAGGAUACUGA